UUCACCAACCAGUACAGCAGCGCGCGCGAGCGAGAUAGAGUGACUAGAGUAAGUCACCUACCCCGUGUUUCAUCUCCGGUUCGCCUCCCCCCACCCUCGUUCCGACCACAUCGCCGCGCGCUCUUCCAUGGCUUCCUCCGUAGCUCGGAGCUCAGCUCGUAUAGCCGUUGUCGGUGACGUCCAUGAUCAAUGGAAUCUAGAAGAAGAUAGGAAAGCACUUCAACUGCUGCAGCCGGAUUUGGUUCUUUUUACAGGUGAUUUUGGGGAAGAGAACGUUGAACUCGUUAAGAGCGUUGCAGAUCUCGAUAUUGCUAAAGCAAUUAUUUUAGGAAACCAUGACGCCUGGCAUACAACGCAGUUUUCUCGAAAGAAAAAAGACAGCGUUCAACUUCAGCUAGAAUGUCUCGGUGAGGAGCAUGUGGGCUAUCGGCGUUUGGACUAUCCUGCUGUGAAGCUGAGCGUUGUUGGUGGGCGACCUUUUUCUUGUGGGGGAAAUGAGUUUUUUCGACAAAAGCUUCUGUCUGCAAGGUAUGGGGUCCAAGACAUGGAAGGAAGUGCUAAGAGAAUAUGCGAAGCAACUUUGGGUGCUCCUGAGGACCAUUUGAUCAUAUUUCUUGCACAUAAUGGACCCACAGGUCUUGGGUCUAACGUGGAUGACAUAUGUGGAAAAGAUUGGGUGUUUGGAUUUGGGGAUCAUGGUGACCCAGAUCUUGCACAAGCCCUGUCCCUCUUAAAAGAGACUGCAACAAUCUGUGCUCCACUGGUAGUGUUUGGUCACAUGCAUAAAGAGCUAGCGCAUGGAAAUGGUCUUCGGAAAAUGAUUGUGGUUGGAGACGACAACACUAUAUACCUCAAUGGGGCUAUUGUUCCUAGAGUUAAGAGACUGAACGUUGAGCAAGGAACACCGGAGUCCUGUGGCACCAUGCGCGCCUUCACUUUAGUGGAGAUCUUGGACGGAACAGUUGAUAAAAUCGUUGAAAGUUGGGUUUCAGUUGCCGGCGAUAGGAUUACAUUGGAAGAGGAGCACAUUUUGUUCAAAAGUGGCGGUUAGAAUUCUCCGAAAUUGGAUGUUAGUUGAGCCAUAUUGUAUGUAUCCACGAUUGUGUUAUGAGAUAUCGACUCCUAUGCAAAGGAACAUCGUUGUUUAACCUGUUGAAUGUAUAUGCUAUUAGGGUUUCCAAAACAAAUCAUGUUUGUAUGAGGAAGAUGAAACUCUUUUCUUUCAUCUCCAUGAACUCUUAUUUAACCAAAUAAUCUAUUUGCUUGAGUAA